CCCUCUGUCCUUCUCUCACUGAGAAACACACACUCCGACCUCUGUUGUGUCUCUCCACACUGCACAUGUUUCUUAGCUCCUUCUAGCUCUGCGGAAAAGAGAGGCAUGUUCCGGAGCGGCUGCUACAUAUGCACACUUGCUUAAACAUGUAGCGCAACUAGCUGCUCAAAUCAUCAAGUGAGCUUCGAUUACAAUUAAGUGGACUUGUUCUAAACAAGGAUACUUAUUUAAGACACGCAUGCAGCUGUCUACUUAAACAGACAGUGGAGGACCUGUGAAGAGAGACAGUUCUCAAGACUACCUGUUCAUCACCAUUCCUUCUGAAACAUCUUUACACAACAAAUAUGAAAGAAAGUUAUUGUGGCUAUGAAAACCAGCUCUUCAAAGAGGAGGACCUGACCGGAGAGGAGGAGGAGAUGCCUCCCUUCAGAGGAAGAACCCGAGGAGGUUGUGUGAAAUGCCAGCAUACUCGUUCUCUCCAGCUGGCGGUCAGAGUUCUCUACGGCUUCUUCGCCUUCAUAGUCAUCACUUUGGCAGUCCUGGCUUCUUUGGUGUUUAGGAAGAUUGACAGCUUAUCUGAAGAGGAAUCGCUUUAUCAUAAAAAGAUGACCAAGGGCCAGGGGAGUACUCAAGAUCUCAGCACCAUGAACUGUACAGAAUGCUACAAUGCAGUUCACUUCCGGGAAGAGAUCACUAGGCUCAAGAAGGAAUUUGAAGACCUCCAAAAGAUGAUUGUGGGUCAAGAGCAGUUACUGGACCAGACCACUCAAUCCCAAAACACUCUAACACAGUCCAAUAACAGGAUGAUGAGAGAUGUCCAAGCUUAUGGGAUUACUAUUAAACGAAUAAACCAAUCUCUUGAGCAGUACCUGAAUCAGGUAAAUGGAUGGCAGGCUGUUAUCAACGAGACUGAUCAGGGCAUGAAGACCUUGGUGCAAGACCAGUAUGAUUUGAAGGCUACUGUGCAACAGGUCAACAGUACUGUUGCACUUAGUGCCUUGUGGAUAAAUGCUCUUCAGAGGAAGGCAGAAGAAGAGGUAUUGGUGCUAGAGAAAAUGACCAAAGACUGGCAGAACUACAGCAGAACGCUUAGUGCACUCAAGUCCAAUUCUAGUGCCAAUGUCCAAACAAUGCGAACCAUCCAGAGUGGCAUCUCUGCCACACAUCAGAGAAUCAGCAUGAGCUCAGAUAUGGUGCAAGACCUUACGUUACAGGUCAUGAACCUGCAGAUACAGCUGGACAAUGUGUCUUCUUACAUUGAUGAGCAUGAGGAGAACAUGCAUGACCACCAGUAUCAUGCCAAGUACUAUGAAAAUAGGACUGGGGAAAGGUUUGUGACAUUGGACACAAGAAUGGGUUCCAUUGAACUGGAGAUUGAGACAAUUGCCUCCAGCAUUAAUGCAACAGUCAGCCAUGUUCAGAGCAUGUACAAAUACAUCAACAUGGAGAGCUCAUCUUGCCAGUCAAAGCUGGGCAGCCACACAGAGGACUUACAGAAUUUAAACAAUACUGUUUUGCUUCUGCUAAACCUCGCUGAUUCCUUGAGAUCACAAUAUAUGAUGCUUAAUUUACGUCUUGAUGUGGAUAUGAGGAACAUCUCUAUGGUUAUGGAGGAGAUGAAGCUGGUGGACACCACACAUGCUCAGCUGAUCCAGAACUUCACCAUUGUGAAAGGUGCUCCUGGUCCACCAGGUCCAAAGGGGAACAGGGGUGAAACAGGACCAACAGGUCCUACAGGAUCAACAGGGAUCAAGGGAGACAAGGGACGUCCAGGUGUCCCUGGUCCUGCAGGGCCAAAGGGUUUUGUAGGACCUAAAGGAGCUCAAGGGGAACCUGGAUCUUCUGGAGUGAAAGGAAGCCAAGGGCUUAAAGGAGCCAAAGGGUCUUUAGGACAACCAGGACCUCGAGGUGAAAAGGGGCAGAAGGGUGACAUGGGAGUUGCAGGCAAAGAUGGAUUGCAAGGGCCAAGAGGACCAUCAGGAAUCCAGGGUCAAGCAGGACUCCCUGGUGUACAUGGGAUUCCUGGACCUAGAGGAAAACCUGGACCUGUUGGCCCACCUGGCCCACGUGGACCUCCUGGACCACCAGGGAACUCCACCUUGGGAUGAGAAAUGUUUAGACCACUCCGUUAUUAAAAUUGUAGAACCUUGUAGCAGGAUAUCUCAUAAACCACCUUCCUGGAUACACAACAAUGUUACUGAGUAUGGAUGGAUAAAAUCAACUAUGAAGUAACUACAGUUGCAUACAUUCCCUGAAAAUGUCACCUUAAAAAUCCUUAUCUUCAGUAUACAUUCCUCAGGCUUUAAACUGCACAUAAAUACCCAAUAUCUGACAUUCAUCACAUGAACGUGCACUUGGCAAAAUGGCGGUUACCUUGUACUAAUGGUGCAAGACUAUGUAGGACUACUACAGCACAUAGCUUUAAAUUUUGCCUAACAUUUUGGACUUUCACUUUUUUAUGGUCCAAUAGAUGCUUUGAGAAUGUCUCUGAAUGAUGGAAUGGUAUGUUUUGGUAUUUGUGAUGGCCUUUUAUUUGUUUUUCAUUAAGAAUCCCUUCACAUAUCAUGACAACAAAUGUUAAGGCACUUUAAAUGUUAAUACUAUUUUUAAUCAAGCCAUUAUUUUAGAAUUAGAUCUAUUUUUGUAUAUACACCAUGGCGUAUUCGGAGCAGGUACUCUGAACAAGAUAUAAGAUCAUGAAAUUGUGAGAUUUUUAAUUAUUAAUCCUGCGACAAAACUAUUCCAAACAAAAGUGUAAUAUACAGUGCACACAAUAAGAAAAUGCAUACCACAGCAUCAAUACUACAUUUUUAAUGCACACUUUGCUGAUUUUACAUAUGCAAAAAAUGUUCUUUUUUUAUUGGUAUAAAGAAAAAUCAUAGUUAACAUAUUUUAUGCUUUUGCGCAGCAUUAUAUAUUGUCUCAUAAGAGUUUAAUUUUGACAGGAGUGUUUUUACACUGUGUUAAAGAAAUAAAACCAUUUCUUGAAAGAAAUCACAAUUCCAGGAUAAUUCACCCAGUAUUUUACACUGUAGAAUGUAUAAAACUGCUUUAACCAGCAUCAUCUAUGCAUAUUUAAAUGUACAGCAAUGUAAAUUUAAUAUAUGCUUAAUUUUUGCAAAGAUCAAGGACUUCUGAAAGUGUUGAAUCUGAGCUAUUGAAAUUUUGCCUCUAGUUAAUGCAUAAAUCUUAUCUGAAGCAUGCUUCAUGAUGAAGAAAGAAAAAAUCUAUAUGUAAUGUAUAGUAUAGAAUAUUAGUUUCCUCUGAGCAAAACAAGUGAGGACUUAUUGUCUUGAGGAAUUUGUGAUUCCACAGAGAUUCUUCUAAGGAAAAAAUAAUAUGGUAGCCUGAGGCCUGUUCAUUAUAAACUAAAUUCAAGACAUGCUAGCAAGAGGAAUGUAAUUAACAUUAAAUGAUGCUCACUUGUUUGAAGUUGAGUCAAACAUUUUAAAGUCUUUCACGCAACAGAAGCAGGUUAUUGAGUGCAAGUACAGACUCAAUACUGCAUCAUUUGUCUGUUCAAAGGCAGGUAAAUAACUUAAUUAUCAAAAAUAUGCCAAGAAAAAAACACCCUAAAUUCGUAAAUUCAAUUUGUACUUCUCUUUGAUAUGAAAAGUGGUGGAAAGAGCAGCAGGUAAUAAUAUGCUGCUGUAAUAAUUCACUUGAGUAAAAGUACUGAUCAAGAAAGUAUUAAUAAAUAAACUGCCUGGUGAAAAACAACUUGAGUAACUACUUUUUACAUCACCAAUUGAUACAAAUAAUCCAAAAAUGUUCUAUACCUCAGGAAUGAAUUUUUGAAAAUUAUGCUAACUAACCAAGUGAGCUAUGCUGAAGUGAACGCCAGUCCCAAUAUCAACAGCUUAUAAAGACAGCUAUCAUUAGCUGGCUGUUGGGGUUUCAGUAGCUUGCUAGGUUCUUUACCUAGCUAGGUACACAUGUUUCUUAGGCAUCUAGCAAAGAUGCUCCUUGCACAUUAUCCUGAGUGUUACCUAUAGGCCAUAGCAGCACUUAGAGAUAUGUAACACAACAGGCAUUCGCUACUGAACAUCGGAAUGACUUCUUAAGUUUAAUACAGAGCAUUCAUAAUGUAAGCAUCAAAAGAUCUACUAGCUAUUCUAGCACAUACAGCUAACUAAUGUAUCUGUACACGUUGCUGCAGGCUGGACGUUGAGCUGUGAAAUGCCGUGGUUUUGGCUUGCAUAAUUUGCAGAUCUUUAUCAUGCUGUUUCCUUCGAAGCAUUUAAAGAUAAAUUGGGUAUCUGUCUCAGACAUUGCUGCUAGAAUUUAGUGCCUGAAGUGUGGACGUCAGGAAACUGCUUUAUUUUCACUGGGUCCUGAAAUUGACUUAAUUAAUACUUAAUACUGUCUUUUAAUUUGCUUAAUAUCUUAAUUAAUAGGGUUAAAUGCAUUUUUUUACUCUGUAACUGUCAAAAUACAUAUAGCAAAGUUGUAUAUUUUACUUUUUUUUUUAAUUCAAGUAAAAGUACUAUGAUUUAAUUAUAGUACAUUUAUUUGAGUGUUUUUUUCACUACAUGUAUUUUGACAUAUAUGUGUUUUGACAGUUACAGGGUGAAAAAAAUAAAAAUAAAAGUACUUUCACAGUGAAACAUGUACUCAAGAACUGUGACUAGAGUACGAGAGGUAGUUCUGAGAGGUAGUAGACAAGAGGUAGUUCCUUACUUUCCACCCCUGGAUGUGAAUGUAAGUAUCUAUGGCUUAUGGCAUAUGGGACAGCAGAUAUUGCUCCUGCACUGAAUAGCUGAAAAGUGUUUGAAAAUUGAUGAGUCCAUGUGCAGUUGUCUAAUGAUCUGGAUGUACUUUACACAUGGUGAGCAAAUCUGUUUAUGAGCAUUAGAAACAAAAAGAAAAUGUCAGGUGACUAUAAAUUUUUAACAUGAAAAGACACAGCAUUUUGAAGAGUGCACAAUCAUGUAACUCAUUAUAUAACUCAUACAGAGUUAUCGCAUGCUGAAUCCACAGCCUGUGCCAUAUGCUAACUUAUAGAUCUCUCUAUAGACUGUUCUGCCUCUGUUUCUUUCAAGUUCCUCCUCAGUGCACAUAAGAUUGUAAUGUAUGUGUGUGGACGUAAUGUGGCCCGUGGUAGAUUUGCGCUUAAAGGUCUGCACUAAUGCCUAAAGGUUGGUUAGUUCAAAUCCCAAAGAGCCACUGUUGAGCAAGCUCUUUAACCAUCGACUGCUUUUAGCUGGUUUAUUUCAAAAUAUAUACCAAAUAAAUAAAUUGGUUAGAUAUUUGUGGUUCGCAUAAUUAAAAAAAAAAACUUCCUAUGGAUUAAUGAUGGCGAAAAUACGAAAGGGACAAAAAUCUCCUUAAACACUUUUAAGUAAAAUUGACAUGAGCUUAAUUGCUGUGAAAUAAACAAGAUAUGAUUUGUAAAAUUCAGCCCAGAAUAGAAAUAUUUGAUUCCAAAUAAUAAUAAUAUUUGAGCAAAGACAACAUCAAAACAUUUUUAUCAUAUUUAAAAAAAAAUUGAUUGGCUUUAAAUGCAAAAUAUUCCCUUUUAUCAUAUGUAGAUAUGGAGAUAUUACCGAUUUGUAUAUUUAUGUAGGUGCUUUAUGACUUUAUCUAAUUACAUUUGUUCAUUUAUAUUCAUGUUUUGUGAACAUAAUGUUCACAAUAACAUAAAAUUAAUAAAAUUCAAUAUAAAUAAAUAUAUUGAAUUUUAUUUAUAUUAUAUUUAUUUAACAAUAAAAUUCUUCAUUGCAUAGAAUAAAAACAAAACAUGUUUUGUGCAAUUUAUAGCACUUCUAGUGAAGUGUUCAUCACAAACCAUUGUACAAAUAGUUUUAUUACAGUGUGUGAUAUAAAUAUAAAUGUAUUUGUCAACCCUUAACUGCAGUGACUUGGUUGAGUUAUUAAGCAAUUAUUUAUUAAGCAAUUUGUUGGCUGGGAAAACAACGUGCAGAUUGUUUCAGCUGGCUGUGAGCUCAUGGCUGGUACUUUCGCCCUCAGUGUCACAAUAUAGGUCUAAAUUAGUGUCUCAAUGUGCCUCCACCUACACUACCUAGACUGGUCAUGGAGCUUCCUCUGGCCAAGCAAAACAAACAUAUGGGGCAGGCUGACGUAAAUCACAAACUCAUAUA